AUGGUCUUCCAACGCCUCGAACGUGUGACAUGCACCCACGCUUCCCACAUCUCGAGGCGCAGAAGCAAAGACACAGUCUACUCAAAACGCAACGUACUCCAACAACUCGACAUCAAACUGCCACAGACCCCCAAGCAGCCAACACCACCUCCCCCUUUUCGCGGCGCUAAUUUCCCAGGUCCAAUGGCACCGUGCGAUGAAGAACAACCCGGAAUGACUGGAAGUCGCCCGCCACGGAUUCCAUACAACCACACAGCUUCGACAGCACACUUGAUCAAAUGGCCGGCUAUUUCUGGCAGAUUGAGAACACUGCUACAGGGCGAGAAGAUCGGAUUGCUGACCGACCCACGCCAGUCGGCGAAACAAUGCCAUCUGUUCCAACUACCUGGCGAAGAUUCGACAGCUACGCCCAUGCCAGUGGACCUCGAUCCAGCAAAAGUCCAGAGCUAUGUCGAGUUCUACAAAAAUUAUAUUCAGAUUGUGCAUCCUUUAAUCCCGCCACAGAAGUUGGACCAAAUGGUUGGAAGAUACCCUCAGAGCAAAGAUUUCGAAAGUACAUUGGUACUUUUGGUCCUCGCACUGGGAAAUCUUUGCCAAUGGAGGAGCAUCAGAGACCUACAUGAUUCACAGAGCGAAACGAUACCCGGAAAGCAAUACUUCGACCAUGUGACUGGGAACCUCGUCCUUGGAUUCGGCACGCCCUGCCUCAACCUGAUCCGCGCUCAUGUUCUAGCCAGUCUCUACUGUGACCAGCUUGGAUGGGUAGCAGACAGUUUCCGGUACAUCAGAUUCGCGGGUUCAGCAAUUCUCGACAGGCUCCAUGUAGACAUGCUUGAGUCAGAAACAAUCGAAGUUGAGCUACGCGUGAUCUUCUGUGAUCUUCUGUCCCACCAUCACCUUUCUCCGUCUCACGUCCUUGAUUACGAUCACAUAUUAACGGAGCCAGCCCCGUUCGAAUUGAAGGACCUUGGAUUCUCGAAUCCUAUUGCCGUCAGCUACGCCGCCCACAUUGACCUUCGCAAAGUGGUCAACAAGAUCUUUCAGCUCCUUUAUGAUAAAACUCAGAACUUGGGGGACCGAGAGGAGGAUAAAAUAAUGACGGAAAUUGAGGGGGAACUGAUGCGCAAAAGCUGGCAAGCAUCUGAUCCAUCCAGCAGUGGUGAUCAAUGGACAGUGAUUCUGUCGGCCCGUGCUCGUUAUAAACUCUUGGAGGCCGAGGCCCUCGCCUAUCGUCCGUGGUUAAAGAGAGCCCUAAACUUGUCGGUUGAUGAAUGCUUAUGUGUUCCGGACUCGAAGAAUGCGGAAAAGUGCAUUGAUGCUAUACUGAAGAGCUUAACAGCCUUCCACGCUCUAGAAAAAAGGCGUAUCAUCAUCACCAGCGUCGUCGGUACAGUAUAUUUUCAAAUUGGCAACCUGAUUGCGCUUUCUACAGUCUUCCACAACGAACGCCUGAGGAGAUUUGUCGACGGAGCAGUCCUGCGGCGACUUCUCAGAAAGACGAUCGAAUUCUUAGAGACGGUGGCCCAGUGCUCGAGGGGCUUAGCCGUCGGCCUGAAAAUCCUGAAGCGGGAGGAAGAGCUGUUGCGACGGGGCCACGUGGCCAUAUCGCCGGCGUUAGGAAGAUGGCCGAAGAACGACGGAGAGGUUAGGAUUAUCGAGGUCUAA